AUCAGCUGACGUGCUCACGUGACCGCGCCUAACCCGUCUGUACAAAAUGGAGUUGUCAGACUCUGUGGUAAAGGGGCUCCAGACGUUGGCAGACCCUGCUUGUUUCGACUUAAAAUCUUUCAGUGCCUUCACCGAAGUGGCUUUCGACAGUCUGCUGUCUUCCACAGGCAACGGUGUUUCCGGUCACCCAGCACUGAAGAACAUUGAUCAGGCUCUUCUGAAACACUGUCAUGUUGCAGCAACAACAUUUAUACUAGAAGCAGUAAAGCAAAAUGCAGACAAGUCAACCAUUAGUUCAUGCCUUGAAGAUGUCAAAUUUGAUUCAGAAAAAGUGGAAACAUUUUAUACAUCAUACCAGAUAAACAAAAGAAACUUGGAAAAUCUGCUCUCAAGUAUUGAUAGAUGCCCCCCUCACAUUACUGAUGCAUCAUGGCGCCUGGAAUAUUGCAUAAAGAAUGGCCAUGUGCAUAAAGUCAAUCAGCCAUCUUACCUAAUUUCAUUUGAUGUUGAGUUGCUGUUUUACAGAAUGGUGAACGUGAGGGGACCUCUUCAGAAGUAAAUUUUAGUUGCACAUUGGAGCAACUUCAGGAUUUAGUGGGAAAGUUGAAGGACGCAGCGAAGAGCGUGGAGAGGGCCACCCAACUGUAAGCCCUUCACCCCGGCGGGGACGCCCCCUCCCCACUCUUCGGUCCCAGCGGAGAUGGCAUGAAGGGCUUGGGAUUUUCACUUCUGCUCUUUAAAUGUUUGUGUUUUCAUAUAAAAUAAAACAAAAUAAACAAU